CCAAGAAGCAGGUCGAACUUUACUACGUGUUCCGGUACCGGUUGUUGUUGUUUUUUUUUUUAAAUAAAUACGUAGAUCUCGUAAAAGAUGCAGUUCUCAUCGACGGGAUUUCUUACCAUUGUUCUAUUGGCGGUCCAGGGUCCAUUCACGGACGCCGCCAAUAAGUUUGGGAAUCAGUUUAAGGAUGGUUUCCACUUGGACUUGCGCGAAAUACAAAGACAGAAUCAGAUCACGACGCAGAUCUUACAGAAUUAUUUGGAGAAGAGGCUUUUCGGGGACAACCGCUCGUCUAAGCCGCCCAGUCUCUGGGAGAUACUGCCGAGGAGCAGAAGAAAACCCACGAACAACAUACAGGAGGUGAUCAAUGGAACGCACGGGGAGAAGGAGACGCUGCAGAGCGUCGAGUCGGAGAGGGUAUCGGCGUAUGAGGACUACCAGGACGACGAGGAAUUCGAUGAGAACGAAGUGCCGGUCGAUAUUAGUACGCAAUUUAUCGUACUUUACACUUUGAGCGACUUUGAAAUGUCCGCGUGCGUUGAAUGA